CUACUUAAUACAGAUAGAGGGAAUAGAGUGGGUAGAUGAGAAAUGUGGUGGACCAGUGGAUAUGAAGGAGCACCGGAGUGGCAGUACGCUCCUCCACAGAGAAGAUUGAAGACCUGAGUGAAUAAUGCAAGGAUCUGUAGGAGCUGAAGAAGCAGUAGAGCACGAGGGAGUGAAGUUGCCAUCACUCCAUGGCAAUUUCUAAGCUCACUCGCACUAACACCCUUCUCUUCUUCUUCUUCUUCUUCUUCUUCCUUUUCUGCACUGAACUACCAACACCAUCACUAGCACAGGAAAACCAAAGCGACCAGCCAUACGUGGGAGUCAACGUUGGGACGGACGUCUCCAACCUUCUACCGCCAUCGCAACUGGUUUCGUUUCUUCAGCUUCAGAAGAUAACGCACAUAAGAAUCUACGAUGCAAACCCAGACAUACUCAAAGCACUCUCACGCACCAAGAUUCGCGUCAUCAUCAGCGUCCCCAACAACCAGCUCCUCGCCAUUGGCUCCUCCAACACCACCGCCGCCUCAUGGAUCGACCGGAACGUCGUCUCUUUCUACCCGGACACACUCAUCACCGCCAUUUCCGUCGGCGACGAAGUUCUAACCACCGUCCCCUCCUCCGCCCCUCUCAUCCUCCCCGCCAUUCAGUCCCUCUACAGCGCCCUCGUCGCCUCCAACCUCCACCAGCACAUCAAGAUUUCAACCCCUCACGCCGCUUCCAUUAUCCUCGACCCUUUUCCUCCUUCUCAGGCUUUCUUCAACCAGAGCUUCUCCUCUGUCAUCGUCCCUCUCCUUCAGUUUCUCUCCAGAACCGGCUCCCCCUUGAUGAUGAACCUUUACCCUUACUACGUCUUCAUGCAGAACAAGGGUGUGGUUCCAAUCGACAAUGCUCUCUUCAAACCCUUGACUCCUUCAAAGGAAAUGGUUGACCCCAACACCUUGCUUCACUACACCAAUGUCCUUGAUGCCAUGGUCGAUGCUGCUUAUUUCUCAAUGAAGAACCUUAACAUCACUGAUGUCGUGGUCCUUGUUACCGAAACAGGGUGGCCUUCAAAGGGUGAUUCCAAAGAACCUUAUGCUACCAAGGACAAUGCAGACACCUACAAUUCAAACUUGAUUAGCCAUAUUUUGGGUCACGGCGGAACCCCUCUACAUCCGGAAACAACUUCCAGUGUGUAUAUCUACGAGCUGUUCAAUGAGGACCUGAGGUCGCCGCCGGUCUCGGAGGCGAAUUGGGGACUCUUCUAUGGAAACACCACGCCGGCGUAUCUGCUUCAUGUCUCCGGGAUUGGCACCUUUAUGGCCAAUGAUACUACCAAUCAGACAUACUGCAUUGCCAUGGAUGGUUUUGAUACCAAGACUUUGCAGGCUGCACUUGAUUGGGCUUGUGGGCCGGGCCGGGCUAAUUGCUCCGAGAUUCAGCCCGGUGAGAGUUGUUAUCAGCCUAACAAUGUGAAGAGCCAUGCUUCUUAUGCCUUUGAUAGCUAUUUCCAGAAGGAAGGGAAGGCUCCUGGGACUUGUGAUUUCAAAGGUGUAGCUAUGAUCACUACAACAGAUCCCAGUCACGGGAGCUGUAUAUUUCCAGGAAGCAAGAAAGUGAGCAACAAGACAAAGGAUGUGGUGAACUCUACUCAAUCAAGCAGUGCUGGGGAGAAGUUAUUGAGGUGCAGAACAUUCAGCUUCCUCAAAAUAAGUGCUUUUAGCAACAUUUUGCACAUUUUCUUAGCUGCAUAUUUCCCCAUUUUUUUGUUAGUCCUUUUGUGAGGUGCAAAUAACUCAAUUAUUUUUUGGAAAUUUUGAAAUUCCUUAGAGUAAUGGAUGAAGUCAUAAGAGAAAAGGUAUUGUGGAUGAUUUUCAGAGCUAAAUGCUUAAGGAUAGAUGUUUCUUCGUUGAAAAAAGUAGGGUUAAUAAUUUUGGUGGAAUUCUUGUAAUUAACGUAUGUGUUUCUUCAAAUUAUAUUUGUUAAUUAAUUUGUCUAGAAUAUGUA